GCUAAAUAAUUUUGACAAUGUGAGUUUUGUUUUUGUUUUGAUUACGUGGGAAAACUUAAUUUUUCACACCAAAAUGCACAAUCCUGACCAGAAUCUUCCGUCCAGUGAGACUCUGAUAUACGUGUGUAAUGAAGAAGCCCAAGAUCAGGCGAAGAACAUCAGAGAUCAUGAAAAUCUGCAAAAUCUCGAAAGUUCUGUACCUGAAGGAGCACCUGGAAGCUUACAAUCCCCAAAAGUACAAUUCCCCUGCCACCUGUGCCAUCAGAACUUCAGUAGGAAGAGCCUCCUGAAGCUGCACCGGAAGUCUCAUCAGCUGUCAAAGCCCUAUAAUUGCAAGGAAUGCUCCAGCGGCUUCAACAAUCUCGACAACUUCUUGCUCCACAUGGUGACGCACAAGACUCCUCCAGUCCGAUGUCCUACCUGCAAGGUUGAAUUCCAACGAAGAUCCAGCAUCCGGGGACAUAUUAAACUGCAUUUUAAGAGUGAAAAUCUGACUUGUGCGAAAUGUGAAGGUGUCUUUUCAUUUCAAAUGGACCUCCAGGAGCACUCUAAGGAGUGUCUGGGGAAGGAGAGAGUUCCGGCUGAAAAGCCAUUUGAGUGUUCAGUUUGCCAGAAAACUUUUGGGAAGAAAAGUGUCCUGAAUCGGCAUUUAUUGAUUCACACGGGGAAGAAACCUUUCCGCUGUGACAUUUGCCGGCAGACUUUCACCCAGAAAAGCUCCCUGGUGGUCCACAAAGUCAUCCACACGGGUGAUAGACCCCAUCAGUGCCCUAAAUGCUCCCUCAGCUUCAUCCAGAAGACCAAUUUGCAGUGUCACUUGAAAAGACUUCACAGCAGUGACAGCCAGAAGUUUCCAUGCAAAGAAUGCUCCUGCAGCUUCCGGAAACUAAGUGCUCUGAGUCUCCAUGUCAAGAAGAUUCACCAGAAAGCUCAGGAGGAACUGGGGAAGGGAAAUUCUGGAGAAGAUGAGCAGGGGAAGUUUGUGAAGUUCACGGAAUUCCGGGAAGAUGGAACCAAAGUUCUGCAUGCAGUAAAGGAGCUCCGGGAGGGAAAUAGAAAGGUUCUGGAGUGCAAUUUCUGCCAGAGGAAGUUGGAGGAUUUCUGUGGGUGGCUUCAGCAUCGACAGGAGCAUGUGAAACCGCAUCCGGAAGCCAAGAAACUGCCGGAAGGGCCGGAAAGAGCCCUGCCUGGCCGGAAGAGGCAGUUUCCGGAAGAAGCUGAAGAAAAAAAGACAGAGCCAGCGACAAUUGUGUUCCAAUGCAGCCGGUGCCCUUUGAGCUUCAGCCAGAAGACAAAAUUUACUGCCCACUUGCGCCAGCACAACAGAGAACUCUCCCUGGAGCGAAAACUGAAGGCUGUGACGGAGACUAUUGUCGCUAGGCCGCAUCAGUGUACAAUUUGUCCCAUGAGAUUCACGAAGAACUGUCACUUGAGGGAGCAUCUGAUGCGACAUCAGAACAUCCGGCCGUUCCAGUGCGCAGUUUGUGGGAAAACUUUCUCCACCAGAACCAUCCUCGAGGUCCAUGGACGCUGCCACACUGGCCAGAAACCCUACUGCUGCCUAAUGUGCGACAGGAUGUUCACAACAGCAUCCGCCUGCAGGAGGCAUGCAGAAGUCCACAGCGUUGAGAAGAAAUACGAAUGCCAGAAAUGCAGGAAGAGGUUCAAAACCCAGGAAUCCUUUAGGAAACACUCAAUAAUUCACGAUGGGAUGGUGCAGCAGGUGGAUAAGGCUCCGGUAGAGUCAGAAAAUACCCCUCAAAUUCCUCUUCCUGAACUCACAGACCCCGUCCGGGAAGAAAUUGUCCUUCAGCAGCCACUUGAGAAUAUUCCGGAAAUUGAUGGUCAGUGGCUGGAUGAAAAUCAACCAAAAACCUUUAUAGUCAUCCUGGAUGAUCAGAACUUCGAGCCUGUUGAGGAAUUUCUGCCUGUUUUGGAUGAUACUGUGAGAAAUUCACAGGAAUUGUCACCUAACCUCAUAAAAAUCAGUCCGGUCGAUGGGGAAACUGACAGUACAACAAUCUUCUCUUGGACACCGCAGAAGCGUCAGAAACCACCUGAAGAGGAAUAUAUACUUCCUUCGCUCGAGCCCAUUGCCCUUCCUGCCCAGGAAAUCCCUCAAAUCAGUGAAAAAUCCCGGAAUGAAAAAAACUACAAGAAAUGCCCGAAUUGUUCGAAGAAAUUCAUCAAGCCAAUUGAUCUCCGAAGGCAUCUGAGGACUCACACAGGAGAGCGUCCCUUUCGCUGUGAGGAAUGUGGGAAAUCCUUUUCCCUGGAAUCCACCCUGAGGAAUCACCGAAGGAUCCACUCAAAUGACAAACCAAAGUUCACCUGCGUGACUUGCUUGAAGGACUUCUCCUCCAAGGACAACCUAAAAACCCACCUGACCGUCCACACGGGAGUAAAGUCCUUCGAGUGCCUCUACUGCGACAAACGCUUCCGGACGCUGUCCAACAGGAAUGCCCACCACUCCACCCACCUCAAAAAAAUCAACAGCACAAUCCAGGCAGAAGCAGAAAACUCCCUAAGAACAGUUCCCUCCUCCAGGGAAGUACUCUCGAGCCCUGAAACCCUCACUGAAGACCCUGAAAACCCUGAAGUCCCUGAAAACCUUCCCCCUCUCAUUCCCAUCCAAUCUCAAACACUGUGAUUCAAAUAAUUUAUCAAGAUUUAUUAGAAAAAUCUUAUUUUUUGAUUUAUGCGUGAAAUCCCGGCGACAGACUGUAGCCAAAUUGCAUUUCGGGACUCUUGGCCAGAUCGCUAGAGGAUACCUUCACGCGUUUUUCCGCAAUAAAGUCAUCUUCAUCACCAA